AUGAUAAUGGAGAAAAAACCGUCCAAGGGAAGAAGCUUCCUCACCUUCUUUGACUGGAAUGGAAAAUCUCAAAAGAAGCUCUUUGUGGAUGUUGCAAACCAAGCAAAGGAAAACAUUGAAAUCUCGCCAUUGCCAAUGUCACAGAUAAAGAUGGAUGAAAAUGUAGAAAGUCCUAGUAGUAUUGCAUGUAGUGAUUUUAGCUUUGCCUUAUCAAUUACUAGUGAUGAUUCUCAAGAAUGCGAGACUAGUAGUAACUCCCCAGGGCUAGUAGCUAGACUCAUGGGUUUGGAUUCAUUGCCUCCAGUUUCAACUCUCUCUCAUGAGAUUGCCCUUCAUUCAUUGAAGGACUAUUGUCACGUAGAUUCCAUAAACAUGGUACUUAAGUCAAACAGAAUGUCUUUGGUUGGACCUUUAUCUCCUUCCUUGAGAGCUCCUGAACUGCGAGACAAGUCGGAGCGCGAAUCCGGGUUUAAUGUGAAUGGAAAACCUACUGAGAGGAGAAGAAACUUAUAUAAGGCUGCUUCAACUUAUAAAGACUCGAGAGAUUCGGGAAAUAGUAGUUCCCCGCAUGGUAAAGGAAAAUCUGUUUCACUUACAACAACACAAUCCAAAACCAAUGUUCUUAGUAAGGAUACAUUGAAUUUGAAGGGAAAUAGGACAUGUGUGAAGGAGAAAGAGAUAAAAUCGAAUCGAAAAAAUUGUAUUGGUCGAAACAGCGAUGUUCUUAGGCCGAAUGGUUUAACCAGCAAAGGUAAAUCAACUACAAAAGUUCGUGACAAUAGGCCGAGACGAACCUGUUCUUCAGAAAGUUCGACCGGAGUUAGGAAGACAGCAAACAAAUGUGCUGUUAGUUCCAACAUUGAAUCGAAAAGGUCGAGCACGAGAGUAGCUGAUAAGCAAAAGGAGUUUUCAGUAUCCAAAAGAAAGAAUUCUUCUUCCCCAAAGAAGAGGUGUGAUCAGAAUGAUAAUGCAGUUAAAUCUUAUGAAAGAAAGUCGGUAAAAUGUAAUGUUACAACUGAUGAAAGGAUUUGCAACUAUUCAUUUAGCAUGAAUGAAAGCAAGGAUGUCAUUUCAUUUACAUUUACUUCUCCAUUGAGGAGAAACAUGCCUGAGUCGCGAUCCACUACCGAGCAAGCGAUGGAAACAAUGACUGGUAUUGAUGUCGAUGCAUUAAGCGUCAUGUUAUCUCAUAUUAACCCACCUCAAUGCACCUUUGAAGUAGAAGAUUGUUCCGUUGGUUUUAAAUCUAUUUCGGAGGACGGAUUUAACAGCGUGAUGGAACUUGAAUAUGUAAAGGAUAUACUCAGCAGUGCAGAAUUGAUGACAGAAGAAUUAGCAGUGGAUGAAACCGAAAAUAUGAUAAUGCCAACUCUGUUCGAUACGUUGGAGAAUCAGAGAACUGAGGUAGAAAGCUAUGAAGAGUACUCUAAGCUUCAAAGGAAAGCUAUAUUUGACUGUGUAAGUGAAUGCUUAGGACUAAAAUGUAGGCAAGUUUUUGUUGCAAAGUGCAAAACAUGGCCUAGAUGGGUAACAUUUAUGAGGAGAAGGUGGUUAACAGAAGAAGUGUACAAGGAAAUAUUGGAACUUAGAAGCAUGGAAGAAGAGGUGGUUGUGGAUGAGAUUGUCAGAAAGGACAUGUGCACUCCAAUGGGUAGAUGGCUUGACUUUGACAUUGAAGUCUUUGAAAAUGGCUUAGAAAUUGAGCUUGGCAUUGUAACCUUUUUGAUAGAUGAGUUGGUAUCUGAUCUCUGGCUUGUUUAA